GUCGUGGUGGUAAAUGAAUCUGUAAUGAGCUGUGUGGAGUGUAUUUGGCAGUCACAACAAAGAAACACAGCAGAAUCAAUGAAAAACUGCACCUAAAAUGGACAAACAACCAAUGUGCAAAAGACAAACUGAAAUACAAAAAGAGAGAAGAAACAAACAAUAAUAGUAAUAAUAAAAAAUAAAUAAGUAAAAAACGUCAAGAGCAUGAGAUAAAGAGUCCCUGAAAGUGGGUCCAUAGGUUUUGGGAACAAUUCAGUGCCGGGUCUUAUCUUCAACACUCAAAUAAUGGACUGCUGAGGAAUAGGUUAUUUGUGGCGUUACUGCCUCCUCCUUCUUUUACCAACAGCAUUGGAAGAAAUUAUCUGACCAUGUCAGGCCUAGCUGAUGAGACAGCAGGAGACCUCCCUGUGAAGGAUGUAGGCAUGAGCCUGGCUGGAACUGGUGCAGUGCAAGAUUUACUUAGUACCCAGAACACUAGAGCUCGCCAAGCAGUGUCUCGUAUCUCUCGCGAAGAGCUGGAGGAUCGCUUUCUUCGGUUCCAUGAUGAAAACCUUUUACUGAAACAACAUGCACGAAAACAAGAAGAUAAAAUUAAAAGGAUGGCUACCAAGCUAAUUAGACUCGUCAAUGACAAAAAGAGAUCUGAGUUGGAGAGUGGCGGCCCCAAGCGGAUAGGCAGGGACAUUGAGAUGGAAGAGAUGAUUGAAGAACUGCAGGAAAAAGUUUGUGAACUAGAGAAACAGAAUGAAGGUCUGAGGAAUCGGCUAGUAGCUUCAAAACAACAGUUGCAAGUUCAGGGCCGUAGAAAUACACCAUACAGUUAUGUACAGUCACGCAUAAAUACUGGCCUUAGAAAAGUUCCUGAAGCUGCCUUUACGCAGGAAAAUCUCAGAAAAGGAAUCAAAGUUCAAGAUCCAGAGCUGACAACAAAGUAUAGCCAACCUUUGCUUCCCAGAUAUGGACGUAGUUUGCUUGAAGAUGCCAGGGCUGAAGUACGGAAUUUAGAGGAUUGCAUUGCAUCCCAGAAGAUUGAGAUGGAAGAGAUGAAACAAACUGUUGAGGUACUAAGAGAGGCGAUCAGGAGGAAGGAUAAAGAAUAUGAAGAGUCUCUUCUUCAUCUCAGAGAGCAUCAAGCAUCAGGACAGAGGACAACUAUCAGGGACAAUAUAGAGAUGAUAAAACUACAAAAACAAUUUGUGGAUAAAGCAGCUGCAUUAACUGUCUUGGAAGGCAAGUUUAUGCAAAUCCAAGAGAACCAGAGAACCAUGAAAGCCAGUCAUGAUGCUUUAAUGAACAAAGUUGAUGAACUGAAUGCACAGCUGAAAGAAGAACGUUCCAAGUGCCUUUGUCUUGAAAAUCAGCUGAUGUCAGCCUCAUUUUCUCAGAAAGCAUCUGAUGAGCUAAAAGAGAGAAUCAAGGAUUUACAAAAGGAGAGAGACCUUUUGAAAGAAAAUUAUGACAAAUUAUAUAACAGUGCUUUUGACAUGACCAACGAACAACAGUGGAAGUUGAAGGAGCAGCAGCUGAAAAUACAGAUUGCACAGCUUGAGACUGCACUAAAAUCCGACCUGGCUGACAAAAAUGAUAUCUUAGACAAAAUAAAACUAGAAAGAGCACAAAAUGAACAACUCUCCCAGGAGAACAAAGAACUACAGUUGCACUACCUAGAACACAAGCAACAGUUGGAUGAACUAAAAGAUCGCAUGAAGUUCUUCACCAAAGAGAGUGAUAUUGAUGUGGCUGAACUCAGUGAAGCACUGAUGCUCAUAAAGGUUCGUAAGCAUCAGGAAAAUGGAAAUCUUGAAUUUCUGGAGAAAGUGGAGGACAAGAUUAAUAAGGAUCUAGAGCUGUCCAUACAAGAGCUUCAGGCAACACAUGCAGAGACUGUUCAGGAACUGGAAAAGACAAGAAACUUGCUAUUUAUGCAAUACAAGAUUAAUAAAGAUUAUCAGAAUGAGGUAAACACUGUGACCAAGAAAAUGGAAGAUAAUAAUCGAGAAUAUGAAAUCAAACUAGAACAAUAUGCCCAGCUACUUGAUGUUAGAGCUGAACGAAUCAGAAAACUUGAAGCCCAACUCAAAGACAUAGCCUAUGGCACCAAGCAAUUCAAAUUCAAGCCAGAAAUAGGAACUGUUGAUGAAACUGAUGAACUUGAUGUAACUGUCCAUUUGGAACGUGGAGAAAACCUAUUUGAGAUCCACAUCAGCAAAUUAAUCUUCUCUCCUGAAGCCAUUAAGGUUUUUGGUGAGCAAGAACCUGCUACUUUCUGCACCUAUGCAUUUUAUGAUUUUGAACUCCAGUCUACUCCUGUAAGACAUGGCAUGAAUCCAGUGUUUGAUUUUACAUCUGAAUACAUUGUCCGAGUGGACAAUUUCUUCCUACAUUAUUUGCAGAAAAAUACAGUAAAGCUAGAGGUACAGCUUGCAUAUGGCACAGACUAUGAAACAAUUGCAGCAUGCCAGUUACGAAUGCAUGAGAUCCUUGAAAAGAAUGGGAGAAUUUUUGGCUCAGCUUUUUUAGUUGGUGUCAGAGGAGAUGUUGAAAACUACGGAACAGUGGAAUAUUGGUUCCGGCUACGUGUACCAAUGGCUCAGGCCAUUCGGCUCUACAAGGAACGAACAAAAGCCUUUGGAUAUAUAACUUCCAGUUAUCAUGCAAUUAAUCAGCCACAACAGGCACAUUCUGCAUCUCUGGCAGAUGAUAAUAUGAAUGAUCUUCACGUAACUAUCAAGUCUUGUGACAAUCUGCAACACAAAAGGAAGGAUGCUCAACCAAGUCCUUAUGCGGUCUACAAAUUCUUUGAUUUUUCUGACCAUGACACUGCUAUCAUUCCCAACAGUAAUAAUCCACAGUUUGAUGAUCACAUGCGAUUUCAUGUACCAAUGAAUGCAGAGCUUGAUCAGUAUUUAAAGUCAGAAUCAUUGCUUAUUUACGUAUUUGAUGAUGCAGAUGCUACUGAUCCUUCCUAUCUGGGAAAGGCUGAAGUCCCACUUAUUCCACUGGCUCAUAACAAGAACAUCUCAGGUACAUUUGAAAUUACAAACUCUGAAGAACAAGAAAUUGGCACCAUAAAUGUUGAAUUAAAAUGGAUGAUCUCAUAUUUCCCACCAAAUGAAUCAAUAAUGAUAAUGGAUCAGGCACAGGUGGUUGCAAAGAAAGAACCAGAAAAGCUGCCAAUGAGAGAGGACCUACCUGAGAAUUCAGUUACGGCAAUGAAACUCAAAAAACAUUCAGUUAAACAAGAAGUAAGAAGAGUAUCAUGGGAUGACGGAAAGAUUACUGAGAAUUCACCAACAGCAAAAGGAAUUGGAUAUGAUGUUCAAGAUUCUCCUUUCAUAAGUAACACAAAUAAGAUGAAAAUUGAUGCAUCAGAGCCUGAAGUUACUGGUCAGAAUGUCACAGGCACAGAAGUGGAAAGUGAAGAAAAUGAAGAAGAAAGCUCAGAAGUUUCAUCAGAAGUGAGUCUGGCAAUUUCCGGAGCAACUAAUACAAAAGAUGCACCUGAACCUGGCCAAGUUGUUUAUGAUGCCGAGGAAUCUGUAACAGACAGCGAUGAUUGUAUUGUCCCAGGUCGGCAGCCAAGUUGUAUAAAGCAGCCAUCAGAAAAGAUCCGAAUUGAGAUUGUAUCUCUUACCCUAAGCGAAGACAGUCCAAUCUUUAAGGAUGAAACUAUUCAAAGAUUGUUUGUUGAAUACAGAUUCUACAAUUUGCCUGCUGAAGAAACGCCAUUGUCUCUUCCAAAGCCAUGCAGUGGACAAUGGAUCAGUUAUAAUCACAGCAAUGUGAUCCAUGUGGAUAAAGAAAAUAACCAGCAGAGGAGGCAGUUCCUUGGGUCAGUGCUUCAAGGUCUCGAGUCAAACCUUGAAAGUAUAAAGUUUACGGUUGUAAGUGAUCCACCUGAAGAUGAACAGGACCUGGAAUGUGAAGAUAUUGGCUUUGCAUAUGUUAAUCUGAGAGAGCUUUUCCUAAAGGAAGAGGACAUUAUUGAACAGGACAUUGACAUUGUCGAUCCCCAGGACAGCACAUUAGUGACUGGUAAAUUGAAAGUGACGGUGGAAGCAUUGGAGGCAUUGCGCUCAGUAAAUGAAGAGAACAAAUAGAGACAACUGAAGAACCACAUAUAAUCUCCUGCUUGUAAUACAGAUAACAAUGAGUUUACUUCUAUUUUUCUGCAUUGUAGGAAGUAUCAAAGUUAUUUAAUUUCUGUGUUUCCUUUUUUUUGUUUUUCUAGUUCUGCAUUCGUUCAAAUUCAUUUGUUUUCUACCUUUUUAUUUAACACCAUUGAAUACUCACCCUUGCACAGGGUUUUAUUAAUAAUUAACAACAGAGUGAUUGAAUGAUCUGCAUCAUUUGCAUUUUUGAACAUUGUUACAUAUAUAUGUAAAAUGCAUAAUUUUUUAAUAAAGUAUACUUAGCACACCACUUGUAAGUUUUUAUAUUGUCAUUAUCACUUAACUAAGUGAGAAAAUAAAACCUUAUG